GCGACAUAGUACAUGGAAUCUUAUUGGUUGAUAUUGAAUCGCACAUGGAAUCAGAAUCACUUCGUUCAAUCAAGACGAGCCGAGAUGGAUCCGCCGAAUCGACGAUCUCAGAUCUUGCUUAGACGACUAGUCUUGGACAGAUUACUGAAUAAGCUGCAGUAUAUUGUUAACCAUUCUGCCUCAGGCCUCAACCUUGAUUAUCUACAUUUCAUUUGCACACAUGAACUAAUACUCAUUGAUGCAUUAGAAGAACUUGUUAUCCCAGAAUGCAUUGUAAAUGCCCUUAGAGACCUCUGUAUUUUGGUGAGAGAGCAGGUUGAAAAUGAAACAAAUGAAACGCUUCAAAUUGAGGUGGAGGCAGUCGCAGGAGUUAUGGGACGACCUAAAUUCACAGUUGAAAAUGAGAAGAUUAAGUCCUUGCUAGACAUUCAGCUGCCCGUCCCUUGCAUAGCCAAACUGUUAGGAGUUAGUGAAAGUACAGUUUUCCGUAGGAUGAGAGAGUUUGGACUGUCUGUGUCAGACUCCUAUAGUACAAUAGGUGACCAAGAGCUUGAUAUGUUAGUGACCAACAUCAAGUCUCAAAUGCCUCAUGUGGGCUAUAGAUUGAUGAUGGGAAGGUUGAGAUCUUUAGGUUACAAGAUACAGUGGAGCAGACUGAGGGCAUCUAUGCACAGAGUAGAUGCAGUUGGGAUUUUUUCCCGCAUGACACAGCUAGGCUGUGUAGUGAGGAGAAAAUACUCUGUCAGGGCCCCUCUCAGUCUAGUGCAUGUGGAUACCAACCACAAACUGAUAAGAUACAACAUUGUCAUAUUUGGGGGCAUUGACGGUUUCUCCAGAAAGAUAAUGUACUUGGAUGCAGCUAACAACAACAAGGCAUCAACUGCCUUUACCUUCUUUUUACAAUCCAUUGAGAAGAAUGGUGUGCCUUCAAGGGUUAGAGGUGAUCAAGGAGUUGAGAACCUCGACAUUGCACGCUUCAUGUUCACUGUAAGGGGAACAGACAGAGCAAGUUUCAUUUCUGGGAAAAGCGUACAUAACCAAAGAAUCGAACGGCUCUGGCGUGAUGUGUGGACAGCGGUGACUACCACAUAUUACGAUACCCUCCAUGGUCUUGAAGAAGAUGGCUUGCUGGACAUCUCAAACACACUACACAUUUUCCUUGCCCAGUUUGUGUUUCUUCCCCGUCUCCGCAAAGACUUGCAGACAUUUGCUGAGGGCUGGAACCAUCACCCUCUCCGCACUGAGGGAAAUAUGACCCCACAUCAGUUGUGGGAGGUGGGACUUAUGCAAAAUAGCAUCAGUGAGCUUGAAAAUUUAGAGGAUGUAGAGGACUGUGACAUGGACUGGGAAAGUGCCAUUUUCCAUGAGGAACCAUUAACAGCAUUUGGAGUUGUGGUUCCAGAACUCCUCCCCCCUCUAAAUGAACAAGAAAUGAGAAGCCUCCAAGCUGCUGUUGACCCUACAGUGACAUCACACUCGAAUGGUAGAGACAUCUAUAUUCAGUGCUUUGAUAUUUUUCACUGACAAAUUAUGAAUACGCUUAAUCUAUUGUCCUUUGCUUGUUCAUAUCUACUUGAGAUGGAAACAUGUAUUUUCCAAAUAGACUUUAUUGAACAUAAGAAAAAAAAAAAAAUUCAAAUACAGUGAACUUAUUGU